GUUUUACCGGCGGUGACAGCUGCCCAGGUAUCGAGUUUACCGUCAACCGUGAAUUCGGUGCCUCUUUCCACACCGACUCCCCGAUCUCCUGCAGUCGGAGCGCAGAGUCUGUUGCAGUUAAAAUGCACAGAACAACUCGAAUCAAAAUCACAGAACUGAAUCCUCACCUGAUGUGUGCUUUGUGCGGUGGAUAUUUCAUCGACGCCACAACCAUCAUUGAAUGUCUGCAUUCCUUUUGUAAAACUUGCAUCGUCCGCUACUUGGAAACCAACAAGUACUGUCCCAUAUGUGAUGUGCAAGUGCACAAAACAAGACCGCUUCUCAGUGUUCGGGCUGAUAAAACUUUGCAAGACAUAGUGUACAAACUAGUUCCAGGCCUUUUCAAAGAUGAGAUGAAAAGAAGACGAGAUUUCUAUGCAGCGCAUCCUUCGGCAGACGUUACAAAUGGUUCAAAUGAAGACCGCGGGGAAGUCACAGAGGAGGAGAAAAGAAUUAUUACAGACGAUGAAAUCAUCAGCUUGUCUUUAGAGUUUUACGAGGGUAACAAGUCAGAAAAGAAAGAUGCCACACAGACUGAAGACGCGGGAAAGGCUAACAGCGUUCGCUACCUCAGGUGUCCUGCAGCCAUGACGGUGAUGCAUCUGGGCAAGUUUUUACGGAAUAAAAUGGACAUCCCCAGUAACUUCCGGAUUGACGUUAUGUAUGAAGAUGAGCCACUGAAAGAUUACUACACAUUAAUGGACAUAGCCUAUAUCUACACAUGGAGAAGGAACGGUCCAUUGCCUCUAAAAUACAAGGUUCAACCCGCCUGCAAGCGACUAAAGCUGGCCCACUCCAGCGAGGACUUGGCGAGCACCAGUGUGCAUUCUGAGAGUGACUCAGUCAGUGAGAAAGGGAGCAGUCCAGCCGCUCUGGCUUCCACCUCCUCGUCUCUCCCCAGUCCCAGCCACGGCCCCGGGACCCCGGCUCAGUCCCCCACCCCCCACUACCACCCGACCGCGACCGCCAGCAUCGUGAACGGCAACACAAACUGUCACCAGUUACCUCCGUCUGUGGGCAGAGAUCGCAAAGUGACUCUGAACGGCUCGUCAGUGUGCUGAGAACCAGCCCAGCUCACACCAACAUUUGGAAUGUCAAAAUACGAAGCAACAUCUUGCCCGGAUAUUACCUACGCACGGCGCAAUCAACACCGAACUGCCCUCUGCGUCUUAUAUUAAUGUAAUAUAUAUACAUAUAUAUAUAUAUAUUCUGUUUAGCAAUAUGGUUAUUGUCAGAAAGUUUUGUUUUCCUCGACAGUUUUGUAAAUACUAACAAACGGACCACCACUAAAAAAAAAACACCCUACAGUGUAUUUCACACAACACUCUCGCCCAGAUCCCGAUACUGUACAGUCAACCGCUCCUGAAACAGAAAAAAAAAUUGCUACUGCAUCAAUUUCAUUUACUUUCAUGAAUAUUCGCCCAAAGAUCGAGCGAUAAGUGAUUUCUAUGCCCCCCUUCCCCACGCCUCUAACUCCCAUCGAUUGCAGCUGUAAAAGCUGUCAGUUAAAGUUGCUUAAAGUUAGCAUUGUGAUUUUUCCUAUCACCUGAUUUGACGUGUCGAGCGGGUUUUCUCCAAUAUCUGCUGAGACGCUGCUGGGAAUGACACAGUAAUUGCAAAUGAUUAUUAUUGUAGCAUUGUCCUGGUGAUAAUUAUAAUUAACUCAAUCCACGACUGUUUGUGAGACACUACUGUGCGCAAUUGGCUGCCGCAUUUUGCCUACAAUACACACAGUAAAUCCACUUCACAGAAUAUUCUGUGAAGCGCUUUGCAAUGUCUCAAUGAUGUGAUAAGGCGUUGUAUCAAAUGUAAGGAUUAUUUUUAUUAUAGCUACAUAAUCCUCCCUGCAAUUGAUAGCUCCUUGAGGUGGGGGGAGGGGAGGGAUGUAGACAGAUCAGGGUAGUACAUCAAUAACUCUUGUUUUACUAAAAUCUAUACUGUAUAUAAUAAGCUACUGCAGAUAAACUUACUCCAAAUCUUCACCUGAUCUAACAUGACUUGGACCAUGUUGAUCUACACCUAAAUGUGAGUUUUUUUAUAUAAAAACAUGUUUUAAUUAUUAAACUAUUUUUAACGUUCAUUGACAAUAGGGCAGGACGUUAUUUGGAGUUCCCACAUGAUGGGAAAUAAGAAUAUAUUGUUAACUUAUUGCUCGUCAGAUUCUCUCAGAACAUUUUAAAUCGUCUCAAAACUGUGUUCAACUUCCCAAUUGUGUGUAUGUGUGCGUCUGUGUGGGUGAGGGGAUGACGACAAUAGCACUGAAGCGAGUAGGGAGGAAGACCGCAUGGACACACGCAUACACAGACACACACAGAUACACAUGACACACACACACAGGCACCUACACUGCAUAUCUAUUACCCCACAUGCAUUGAGGAACCCACUCCUUUGCCACUGAUUCAGAAUUCACAGAUACCCGCCUUCUCGUUUGACCAUUUCAGAUCCUUUGAGGUUGAAAUAUCAGGAGGCAAUUUUUGGGUGGGGGAAGGUGGGGGGGAUGGGGGGGAGAAGGAUCAAGACAUGCUAAAUGUUUAUCUCUACAUUGGAGACAUACAGAAACCCAUGAGCUUUUUCAUAUGAAUCAGUUUAAUUUUUGGAUGAAAUUUUUUUUAAUAUACUGUAUAUAUAAAAAAAAAGCCACACAGAAUGCGAUUCGGAAUGUAUUUUGUCUGAGCUGGAUUGUAAAUUGGUGCAAUGUUUUCACAGUUGAGAGGAAUGAAGCAAAUAUAAUAGAAUCUGGCCUUUAUUUUUGUUCUGUGAUUAUUGGGGUCGUCUGCCACAUGUUCUUUUUUCUCUAACACACUGGAUGGAUUUCUGUGGGUCUCCCGAUAGCUUUGAUAAAGGAGGAUGCAGAUUGAAUGAGCCUUAACAAGAAAUAUUUAUAUUCGAUGUGUUCACCUCAUUUGAUUUACUGUACAUCCCAGCAGUUCAAUGUAUUAGUUGUGUGGGUGUGUGGGAGAGAGAGAGAGAAAGAAUGAAUGAGUGUAUUAACUGUAGUGGGUUUAAACUGUGUUCUUGCAAAAAUCGCUACUAACAAAAUCGCACAAAAGUGAGUACGAGAUGGAAAUAACUUUUUUUCCCCCUCCAAGUCUUUAAUUGUACCUUUUGAUAAAUUAUUCGACAGAUAUUCUUGCUUUCA